UAGUACAUCAUUAGCUUUCAAAAAAUUAUCACAACUUUGCAUCCACAAAUCAGUUUGUUAUUCUAGUUGAAGAUGGUUGGAGUUGGGGUUCCAAUUUGCGUGCAAUGUGGCACCACCAGCAACCCUUGCCGGUGCAAGGUGGUGGGGCCAACCCUCGGCUUCUUGGCCUUUGCGGCGGCGGCGGCGGCGGCGGUUGAGUGGCCGGUGGGGGCUCUUGUCUAUUGCUUUCGCCACAUGAAGGGUCGCAAAAUCAUGGCUCAUCCUGCCACUGUCAUCUAUCCUUCAGUCACCAACGCCAUCCCCAUAUAG